CCUUUCCUUCUUACCGAAAGCAUUCGGAGUACUGUUACAGUUGCACGCCCGUGAUCUAAAAAGGACAUACGUGUCAGUUAUCUUUGUUACUCGCUUCCCCAUACUCGAUUCUACUGGCGGGAUGGGCGUGCUGCGUGAUUUGCCUGUGGAAGUGUGGCGACCGAUACUAGCGUCGCUUGUCCGAUCGCCUGGUGUUCUUUUGUCCGACCGACAAGACCCAUUCUGUGAAGUUCGGGAUGUUGACAUUUUUUUGAACCGGGACGUAAAGACUCACUCGGCACUCCUUCUGGUUUGUAAAGAUUGGCAUGACGUUGUCAUAGAGCUUACACAUGAGCACCUUCACUUGACGUCGAUGGAGCAAGUGGCUGCCAUCGCCAACCGCUUCGAAGAAAGUCGCAGGCAUUCAAAACAGAAUGCUUUGGGAACGUGCACUCUUCGGAUUGAUUUGCAGCUGUCUAAUCCCUCCGAUCAAUGUUUAAACGCACUUGCGCGAAUCAUACGGUGUACACCAAACCUCGAAAUUCUAGUCAAUAGCAACUACUACAUGGCAAUGAAUCCAAAUUUCAAUGUCACACCACCUCAGGCUCAGACGCGAACGGAAAUCAUAGACGCUCUCAUCGAUACAUGCUCCAGGUCACUACGACGAGUGGAAUGGACGUCCAACGAAUAUCCCGCUUGGAGUGACCUGAUGCGCGUGCUUCGAACGGCCACUGGUAUAACAAGCCUGACGCUCGCGAAUAUAUAUGGCGCCCUCACAGAGAGACCAUCUCAAUACCUUAUUUUACCCAACUUAAAAACCCUUGUUCUCGGAGAUAGUCCUUCGUUCUCGCACGCGUCACUGGGCAACGUCCCACUCAAUGCCCUCCUUACGAUGCUUGCCAAGUCUCCGGAGCAACUUCCGUCCCUGCAAAGGCUAGAGGGGUUUUCCCCCUUUAGUCCAGACUUCCUACGAACUCACGGGUCAAAAGUGCGCAUCGUCCGCACCGUCGCAUUCACUCCAUUAUUGCAUGAAAUUAUCGCAACUUGUCCGAACUUGGACACGUUUAUCACUAUCUUCCCUCAUCACAUUCUCGAUCUCCUAUCACACCCUGCGCUGAAGCGGAUUGGCAUUUUCCCCAUCAGCGAGGAUCCCGUUGGCGUCCCUCAAGCGAUAUUCAGCGCGUACAUCAUGAAGCCGUUGGAAGAUCUCUUGUGCCAGAUCGACGAGUCCAAACUUCCGAAACUGGCACAGGUCCGGAUCCGCAACAUUGGCACUUUAGCAAAUAUUACGGAACACCCCGUGUUCCUUCAGAGGUGGUGGAAACAUUGGGAUUCAAGGGGCAUACGUUUCGAUGACAAGGAUGGACGACCGUUCAAUCUGGUGUCUCCAGAUAACGAUAGCGUACUCGAUAACGUGCGUGGACCACGAUCCAUGUCCUGAUAGGGAGCCUCGAAGUGUUUCAUCUCUCAGCACAUCUGACAAAACCCGCUUGAGCCUGCUUUCUUUCCUUUACCCGCAUUGCUUAUUUCUUUUGUUUGCACGAUACCACAAUCAUUAUACAUUUGCUGUGCAUAAAU